UAUUGUGUGCCGGGGAAGGUGCAGCGCCCGUCUGUUUUUUUAUUUUGCCCGCUCACUGUUUUCUGGCAGAAAACACUUUUAAUUCAGUAUUUCCGGAGGUAUAAAUACCACGUGGAGGUGUUUACUAAAGCUGCAAUGCUGAGCUCUUCUGUUACAUCCUAAAGAUGAAGAAGAAAGUGAAGCACAACGUAGCAAAGAAAACGCUGGGCGUAGAAGGAGAUGCUUCAGCGCCUGGCAUGGACCAAAGUGAGGUUUCGCCCGAGUCCACACAGGAAAAGCGUCGUCUUCGAAUUUUGCAAAGCGACAGCUACUUUCUUGAGUUCUUAAACAAGGACCGAAGUGCAGUGCCUUCGUUUUGCGACAUAGCCAUCAGUGUUGGUGGGAAAAUGUUCCCAGCGCACAAGGUGGUGUUAGCGUUCAGGAGUAGCUACUUCCACAGUAAACUGAGCCAAAACCCUCAGCUGGACAACAUGACCCUCGAUAACGUUGAUAAUUCCACGUUUGAACACUUGCUCGAGUUUUUGUACACCUCAGAAAUGGAGGUGCAGCAGAGCCAGAUCCCGUCUUUAGCCGAGGCCGCAUGCUUAUUUGACAUGAUGGAGGCGGUAAAUCUUCUAGCAGGUGAAGCACCACCAAACCGAGCCCCAGAACAAGGCGAGAAGGAGGAGGGGGAACCUGCAGUGAAAGAACCUCCUUGUACUUCUUCUUCUUUUUCUUUUACUUCUUCAGCAGAGCUUAAGAAGCCUCAAACACCUCUAGAGACCCAGUGUUUGCUUUGCAGCCGGACGUUUUGCUAUAAAAAGUCGUUGGAGAACCACAUGGCCAAGAUGCACAGCCAAGCCGAGGUCACUGAAACUGCUGCUUCCUCGAGCGGCAAACGCACGUCAAUGCGUCAGAGGAGAAGGCUGAGCAAGUCUGAAAGUCUGGAGAACAAGACUUGCAUCGGAAAGGAGAACACAAAGCAAAUCGAGGACGAAGGAGCCAUCUCUGUCGAAGAGGAUAAUCAAGAUGACGAUGACGAUGAUGAUGAUGAUGACAAUAAUGACGUUGCUGAUGAUGAAGAGAACCUGCAAGAACAAAGCAAAGAAAGUGAAGGAAAAGAAAGAGAAUCUGCUCUGGAAGCGGAGUCAAGUGUGAGGAUGGAGUUGGAGGUCGAGUCAAGCUCUAGUCAUGUGAGCAAGGACCAUGAUGCAUCAGUGGCUCAGAGCACCGGUGGUCAUGUUUACCCAGAGGGCCUCGCUCCUGUGAUCAUUCAAAGUGGCAACAAAAAGACGCUCAAAUGUCCAAAAUGUAACAAGACUUUUGACCGUACAGGAAAAUACGAGAGUCACACGCGGGUGCACACGAGGGAAAAGCCGUUUCAGUGCGACGUCUGCCUGCAAUGCUACUCCACCAAAUCCAACCUCACCGUGCACAAGAAGAAACACGCCGCCGACGCCCCGGUGCAGAGAAAAGACCACAAGUGUCCGUUCUGCAACAAGCCCUACGCCAGCAGAAAGACGCUGAGCAAACACGUCAAGCGGUUCCAUCCCGAUCACAUGGAGGAGUUUCAGAGUAUGAGGAAGAGGAAGAGCGAAGGCUGGAAGUGUGACACCUGCGACAAGUCGUUCACGCGGCGCCCCCACCUGGAGGAGCACAUGAUCUUGCACUCUCAGCACCGGCCGUUUAAAUGCGCCUACUGCGACGACUACUUCAAGUCCCGCUUUGCCCGACUCAAACACCAAGAAAAGUACCACUUAGGACCCUUCCCAUGUGACAUCUGUGGGCGACAGUUUAACGACACCGGCAACAGAAAGCGGCACAUCGAGUGCACGCACGAAGGGAAGAGGAAGUGGACGUGCAAACUGUGUGGCAAGUCAGUCCGAGAGAGGACGACGUUGCGGGAGCACUUGAGGAUCCACAGCGGGGAGAAACCACACCUGUGCAGCAUCUGCGGGCAAAGUUUCCGUCACGGCAGCUCCUACAGGCUCCAUCUUCGCGUGCAUCAUGACGACAAACGCUACGAGUGCGAAGAAUGUGGAAAAGCUUUCAUUCGGCAUGAUCAUUUAAAGAAACACAAGAAAACACACACCGGCGAGAGAGCCCACCAGUGUGAAGAGUGCGGGAAGUGCUUUAGACGCGCCGAUCACCUGAACGUCCACUACAAGAGUAUUCACUUGGGAGAUAAAGUGUGGAGAAAGUACAAGGCCGUAGUGCACCAGUGUGAGGUGUGCAAGAAAGAGUUUCGAGGAAAAACCAACCUUAUGACGCACUUCAGGACACAUUCAGGAGAGAAGCCUCACCGCUGCUUGAUCUGCAACCAAACCUUCCGCAUCAAGAAAACUCUGACCAAGCACAUGGUCAUCCACUCUGAGGUGCGCCCUUUUAGCUGCCCGCACUGCAGCGCCGCCUUCAAACGCAAGGACAAGCUGAAAUACCACGUGGACCACGUCCACAGCACGCGCGCUCCCAUCCCGUCCUCGUCCCAAGCACCCGAAACGUCCAAACCGGCUGAAGCGUGCAUCCCUGUCGCCCUGGUGCCAGUCCAGAUUCCCGGGGAGGCUGGCGCAGACGAUUUGCAGCAGCAGCAGCAGCAACAGCAGCAGCCGGGAGUGUAUCAGCCGUCCACUGAUCUGGUGUUCCUGGAAAAGUACACACUCACCCCUCAGCCGGCCAACAUCGUGCACCCAGUGCGGUCGGAUCAGAUCCUGGACCCCAGGGAGCCCUCGUACCUCAGCACGCUGCUCGGCCUCGACUCGGCCUCCUCUGAGCAUGCUCAGUAAAGUCUUCCAAACUCUGACUUUUAUUAACAUUAAACUUGCAGUCCAUUUUAACAACUUCUUAUUUUAGCAAGGGUGCUGUCAAGCUUUAAAGACAAACUCUGUGACUAAUAUUAACCAUAUAAAACUUUAUUGCAGGUAGCUGUAUCAUAGCAUAUCAUGUGAAGGUUAUUAAGGCUAAUAGGCCCAAGAACAUUCCAAACGCAAUAGAUGUGCAACAACACAACAUAAUGUGUGUGCGUGCGCUGAUUAAACAGGACUUGUCCUGGUCUGUUCUCCAAUAAGAAAACUUGCAUGUUUAUUUACUGGUGAUGUACUGUGACUAUAUCAUAAAACUUCAUGAUAUUACUGUUUUAUCUUUUUUCUUGAUAUAAUCCUGAACAGUAUGAUUUGGGUUAACGAAAUGGCACUUACUGUAUAUUGUUGGGUCCAAAGGAACGCUCAUUAAGUUCAUGUAUAAAAUUGUGCUGAGGAAGUAGAAAUAAAGAAUUCAACAGCAUUUGAAGCCAAA